AUGAAUGUUUCGUUAUAUACUAUUAAUUCAUUCUUAAUAUUAGAUCAUGAAGGUAAAAGAUUAUUUGCCAAAUACUAUCAACAAGCAGAACCAAUUCAAAAACAAUUCGAAAAUGAAUUAAAAAUUUUCAAUAAAGUCAAUAAAUUAAAUCAAGAUAUUUUAAUCUACCAAAAUAAAUUAAUAGUUUAUAAACAAAUCAAUGAUGUAAUUAUAAUAAUUAUAAGUAAUUUGGAUGAAAAUGAAAGUUUGGUUUAUUCCUUAUUAUCCAAUGUGAGUGAAAGUUUAACUAUUUUAUUAGAUAACACUAUUGACAAAUUAACUAUUUUACAAAAAUUCGAUAUUGUAAGUUUAUGUAUUGAUGAAGCUAUAGAUGACGGGAUUAUUUUGGAAAUGGAUUCUUCUGUGUUGGUUUCAAGAGUUACCAAUCCUCCAUCUAACGUUAUGGCUCAAGACAUUAAUUUGAAUAAAAUUGAUUUAUCUGAAAAAGGGUUAUUCAAUGCAUUAUCUUUUGCUUCAAAGAAGAUUGGUGAAAGAUUACAACAAGGUUUAUAA